GAAGCCACCAAUCUCACCCAUGAGGAGGCACGGGAUCUACUCAUCGAGGCACACGGUCUGCUUGGCCAAGCCAUCGAUAAGGCCAUAUUUGACUUCUUUUUAGAUCAUCAGACAAGCCUGCAGUUCUAUAUGCUGCUGAAGAGCUUACCGGCCAACCCCCAACUCGCACGAUGAGUGCUUUUCUUUCGGAUCGAAACUGUAAUCCGAUAGGGCGGCAAUAGAACGUGAGGGAAGGUAGAGUGGGGAGAUGAGCCACAGGAGUUCGGAGCAUGGUGUUCCUGCGGCAAACUAUAAUGUUACAUGAAGGGGCAUUCCUGGUGUUCUACAUCUUGUUGUAGAACUUUCUGUGCUGAGGCACACCUCUUGCUUUGUCUUCUGCUGUCUCGAGGCUGAGUAUACCCUGUCACGGACAGCCUCAUAGCGGACGUCGUGACGCUCUGAGUCAUGGAAGCCUUCGGACUUGCAGGCACCUCUGUUGAAAAUACAAGACACAACGGGAUCUAUAUCGUCUCGUCAGAGGAAGCUCCACCGGGACGUUGGAAGUCAAAGACAUGCUGUAUUAGUAAACGUGUGUGGUGUAUGAAAAGUGGAUCAGCAGAGCCGAGAGAAUAUUCAGCUGGAGAGACUUAAAAGGUUGAAACUGUGCUCAACUAAUGGGAACUAGGAAAGAUACAUAUUUGAUCC